UCUCAGCCUGCCGCAUGUUCUGAAAAGCGUGAAAUCUGGAUACCAUUUGAAACUACUGAUAAGUCUAACAUUUCUUCUGGUUUGGGUUGACAGUGACGACGAAGUGGUCUGCUUGCAGCACACCAUACCGAGAAAAACCACAAAUUGUGAAGGCUGCCGCGCCCGGCCUUGUUGGAAUUUAAACCAUCCGCCUGCUCCAAAUGGACCGCUGAUGCUAACUCGCAACCCCUAUAAAUCAUCCGUCAGCAAAAUUACCACAGAGGCAAGCGAGGCUGUGCGUCCAGUUGGACUGAAGUGGAUGGAUUUCUGCAAGAAACUGGGAGUCGGUGUCCCAGUCAGCGGACGAGGGGGAGAGCCAGCAGGGCGACUCUUCACAGUUGCCGUGAUCUGCGCUGUUGCUGGGUUGUCCUUUGCCAUAGAUAAUAGCACCUUGGUGAUCCAGGCAGAGCGGGUUGUGGUCCGAGUGAACAGCACCAUCCGGUUGAAUUGUUCUCUUGCUCAGUCGGGCCAGCAAACCGAGGCUGUAAACAUCGCGUGGACGCGGGAUGGACAGCCCGUCCCCAAUGCUCAGAUCGAGAUGUCGGGCCCGGCCACGUCCCAGUUCGUGCUCAAGAGUGUGCAGUUUGAGGACAGUGGCAUCUAUGGUUGCCGUGUGGAUGACCUUGCUCCCCCGCCGACUGUCAAAAUACAAGUUGGACUGCCACCACCUGUGAUAACAGAUUUGCAUUGUUUCUCCACUAACUUCAGGAACGUUUUUUGUGAGUGGUCCAACGGCCCCAAAACCAACUUGAAGACAGAGCACACGCUGUACUGGAUAGACAGUGAGGAUAAAAGAACUCGGUGCAACUUGACAGUGGGCUGCAUCUUCGAGCAUUCUGCUCACUUAAGGGUCAAGUCCUCCAAUGCCCUGAACGUAACCUGGAGCUUGUCUGAACAAUUUAUCCCAGAGUGGAUGACUGUGACCAACCCACCACGACUGCAAAAGGUGAGUGGCAUUUCCAACUCAUCGCUGCUGGUCCAGUGGCGUCCACCACUCGAUUAUGCCCAAUACCCGCCGAAUGAGCAGAGUAAGCUGGAGUACCAGGUGUUCUGCGAGCUGGAAGACCCCGAGGUUGGCUGGAGAGACUGCUCUCCAGACGGGGCGAAGAUAGUGGAAGUUUCAAGAAAGAUGAACAAGACCCAUCCAAGUUAUGUCCUGGAGCAUUUGCCUCAACCGUAUGGGCUGUACCGGAUCAAGCUGAGAAUGAGAGAUUAUUGUACCACAAUUGAGUAUUGUAAGGAUGACUGGCGUAGAUGGAGUAACUUUUCCAACAUCAAGGAAGCACACACAAAAGAAGCAGCGCCCUCGCCCAACGUUAGACUUCAGCUGUCUUGCAAUUUCAGUUCCUCGGAUGCCAGCAAAAGAGACAUCCAGCUCACCUGGAAGCCCCCAACAGUGUAUGAGAUGAAUGGACUAGUUCAGUUUUACACCAUCAGCAUCAACGCCACUGUGUUCAACACGUCAGACCUCCCCACCAACCUGUCCAGUUAUGUGGAAAGAGGCCUAGACCCAUACGAAGCCUACCGCAUUUCCAUUAUGGCACACAACUCAGUGGGGGCGACUCAUGAAGAGAGUUGUGAAGUUCCAGCUAGUUCACCCGUUGACGGUUCCACCCUGAAAGUUGUAGGCAUCAUUCUGGCAACGGGGAUGAUCUUUUUGUUUCUCAUCAUCAGUCUUGUCGCCUGGCAACGGUUCAAGAAAUCAAUGGUCAAAAUCCCUGAUAUCAGACUGCCAAAUAGCAUCCAGGCGGACAAUCUGUACAUGUUUGGAGGUCCCCGACGACCUCCUCCCCGCGAGAAAGAGAGCUACGACGAUUUGAAUAACUCCACCCUGAUAGUGGACCUGACCCCGGACUCGGAGAACAGUGCCCCCUGCUGCAAUGGCAUAGAGGCCAAGGGCUUUGUCAUUGACAAAGACCUAGCCAAGGAGCCCAUCCCGGAGCCCCCGGAGAGCAGCGACAAGCACCCACUGCUGAGUGCCCGCCGGACGAACAGCCUUGUCAACGAGAACUACUCCCUGGCACCCACGGAGCAAGAGGCCCUCCUUGCCAGUGACCCCUUCCUGCCAGACCCUGUGGCAGACCCAGCAGGGGACUACCCCCACCACUAUGGUGGUUGGAAGGACAGCGCUUUGAGUAUCCGCAGCGGUGGAAGCUACACGCACCUGCGGGAGGAAGACGGCUACAUCAUCAUGGCUGAUGGAGGGCUGACCCCCAUCAGUGAGGAUUGCCGGCGAGACUGGAUGGACAAAGUAGGCGAUGCUCCGGAGACCAGACCAAGUCCCGCACCACUGGAGGGUUGCGAUGGUCAGGAACCAGGGAUGCUACCUCAAGGAGACUUCAGCAGCCCCUACACCCUGAUGGCGAGAGCAACUCCGAGCACAGCCCAGCAGGUGUCUCAUCCAACUAGCACUGGGACUGGUUACAGCAGCAAAGGCAGGAAUGACAGCCAGGAAGCCAGACUCCAACCUUGCCGCCAGAACGCGCCUGUUGGUGGGUGCAGUCCCUUGGAUGGGGGUGAACCUGUUGUUGAUUCCCUUCUGCGUUGUGCAGUUGAUGAAGAGCCACCGGGAGCUGCUCAGGAGGAUGCCGGCAGUAACCUCGGAAGUUAUGUCAAGCAGGCGUCACUUCCCCCUCUGUCAACAUCUCCCAAACCUCCGUCCUCGCUGCCUGGAUCUUCAGGACCAAGCCCCUCCAUUAGGGCAACUCCAAGCCUGUCGGAGAUUUGUUCUGGUAGAAAAACAACGGACAGUGCAGACUGCUCCACCAAUGCUGAGGACAGUGUGCCCGGCAGCCUGCUGAUUCCGUCCCAACUGAACCAAAAAGCCGGGCCAGGCUCGUCAGCCUCCCCUCAGCAGCCGAACAUCCCGAAUGCCCACCUCUCAUCUGGCAGCGUGGACGCCUCCCCGGGGAGUCCCUGCAGGGGUGUAGCCUCCCAAUGGCCGGCUGUCGAGAGUAGUCCCAGCAGCGAAAGCGAUGAGAGGUCACCUGUCUUGCUGAGUAACAGCGAUUUGCCAGGCGAGCCAACUCCACUCUUGCCCAGUAACGGCGAUUCACAAGGCGAGCUGACUCCACUGGUAAUGAAUGACAGUGACACGUCCGGACACUCCUCUCAGUCUGAUGAGGAGGGUUGCCCAACAUAUGCCAUCGCAGGCUUCAAACCCAGUGCAGGGUCCCUCCAGGCAAACAAGGAAGGGGGCUACGUCACCAUGGACCAGCCCCUACUACCAAUCGUAGGCCGUGCCGCAAAUGGCGGCAUUAGGGAUGACGAAGACGGCGUGACUGACCCAACCAAGCACAGCCAUGCCUACGUCACACCAGACCAGCUGGCUACCCUGACUGCACCCACCGACGCGGCCGCCCCUGUCGCACUGGGUUCCAGCAGCCACAAUGGCAAAGAUCUCUCCAUUGGGAAUAAUGUCAUCCCGGAUGAGAUGGCCGAGGCGGCUGUUGCCAUAGCACAAAAGGCAAUGUGCAAUGGAGUGAAUCACGAUGUCGCAGACCCUAAGCCCAGUGAUAAUACGCCACAGCACGCUGUUGGGACUACAAGUGCACCCCCCGCGGAUCAGAACGGUGGUUACUUAACAGAGGCUCAAAUUCGGGGCAUGAUGAAAAACAGUAAAGACGAUUCACCUUGAACCAUGUCAGAAAGCUGUCAGAAUCUUCAAGGCCUAUAUGAACCUGUAGGCGCAUAAAAAGAAAUACAAAAAAAGCAUACCAUCACUCCAUUAUCUUGCAUUAAAAUCAGAUUUUGAGGUUCUUCAUUGUAAAUAUACAUACUCAUACAUGUAUUUUACAACGUGCAGGCGCAGACAUACGGCGUGUGUACAUUUUAAACAAGAUAGGAAUUUCUAUUUUUCUGUUUUCUUCCGCCAGGAAACAAGGGUUUAGGAAACCACAGUAGAGGUGCAGGGUAUUGUCUCCAUCAUUUGAAUGUCGUGACUGUGGAUGCGGUAUUACACAUGUACAUAAUGUUUGAAGAUAUUUGUCGCCAAAGUGUAAUUGCACUACUGACAGGAUUAAUUUUCAAGAACAAGCUUUGGCCCUCAAGAUUUGUGGGGCGGGGGAGUGUGCGGAUCGGAGGUACAAAUACACACAUGGUGAGUGUAAUGGUUGUCUGUGCGUUGAAUUUUAAAAGUUUCUUGGAGGGAAAAAAAAUUCUCAAAAUAAGAUGGCCUGUGUAUAUAUUCUUAUUUUGUGUCCAUAAUCUCGGCAGUAGUUUUUGAGUGUUGUACAGGUUGUGAACUUGUGACUUGAGGAAGUUUAUGUGCACCGUUUUUUUGUUUUUGUUUUUGUUUAUUUUGAUAGCUUAUCGCCAGGAGUGGCUUAGUGGAAUUGGCUGGCACAAGCUUCCGUUGAUCAGCCAAUUGUGGCUUUUUCAAAGUGAAUAAUUGCUACUUGUUUGUUUGACAAAAUUGUAAAUAAUAUCUCGUGGAAAUACCUUGUUUCAGAGGGGAUACUCUUUCCAUUUUUCUGGCACUUUUGAUGUUCAGGCAACAAAGAUGUUUUCUUUGUCGUAAAUGGCUGUGAAAUCUAGUGGCGUAGCUAGGAUUUUACUGGUGGGGGGGGCACAAAAGGCAGUAGCAUCUUAUGGGGGGGUACCAGCUUUCA